AUGUUCUCCGCUACAAAGGAUCAAUCGGCUUCAAGCCGAGGUACUGCCCAGGUUUCUACCAGCAGUAAUGACUACCGUAUCGUCCUGCCCCGUCUACCUACUGGUAAGCUCGUCGCUGACUCCGUUUUCCUGCAUGCAGACCUUGCUGGCCGCCCAUACCGAGCGCAGGACUUUCGAGAUGCCCUCCGGAAUAUCAUAGACCUUGCUGAUAUAACCUCGAUCGGGCAAUUUCAAAUGUCACAUGUCUGGAUGGUGACUUGCAGGACUGCGCUAUCUAAAAUGAAGAUAGUAACCUGUGGUGAAUUCUUUGUUCGAGGACGAAGAUGCGUCGUUAUAGACCCUGAACCCACGGAAGUUAAAAUGAAGCUGUUAUGGCUCCCUGAACGCCUGGAAGAUAUUUAUGUGCACGAAGCCUUUCAGCCUUUCGGAAAGAUCAAGUCGAUUUCAGCGGAAACUUGGAGGGUGUCAGAAAUGGAACAGAUGAGGACCCUUAACCGAGACGUUGUACUGGCACUUGGUGACGGAGUCCGUGUCUCCGACAUCCCGCAUCUGCUCUCAGUUUGUGGUCUACAAAGCCUAGUGCUAAUUCCCGGCAGGCCACCUUUGUGCCUUCGUUGCAACAAAGUAGGACAUAUUCGUCGACAUUGCAGGACACCACGCUGCGAAGAUUGUCGGCGGUUUGGACACACGGCUGAAGAAUGUGUGGCGACGUAUGCCAAUAAAUUACGACAUCGCAUGCGACCACCUGAAGAUGCGUUUCCAGAACACAUCAUGGACGCUACGGAAGUCCUCGAUGCAACGGGAGACCUUCCACGUGCUGCCGUCGCUGAGCCCUGUGCUGUUGACAAGGACGCAGCUAGUGACUGUGCUGGAGCGGAGAACUCUAAACAAGCGUCAAACACCGUAGAUGUGACAGACAGCGGAGAGAAGGAAGCAGUCCAGAAAAUCGUGCCCUACGCUGUCACCAAGGCAGCCCUGGACCACCUGACUCGGUGCACUGCACUAGAGAAUGCCACUUACGGCGUACGUGUGAACACAAUCAAUCCGGCUGAAGUGAAGACGUUGAUGAUGAAGAGCCCUGGAGUCACCGCAGAACAACACACGGAGAGAGUGGAUAAUGUCGCCAGAACAAUGCACCCGUUGAAACGAGUGGUCACUCCAGAAGAAGUGGCCCGCUGCAUCGCCUUCCUGGUUUCCGACGGCGCUGGUUUCAUCACGGGCAUCUCUGUGCCCAUCGAUGGGGGCGCGCUCCUCACGUCCAGCAUCUCGGGUCCCGCCCCGUUCCCGGGUAACCAAAAGACUGCGUAA